AUGGAUCCUUAAUUGAGUCAUUAUACUUAAUUCUUUAUUGUAGUUACUAAUCUUUGUAAGACAAAUCAAAUCACUCCUGAACAGAAGUCCUUAUUGAAAAGUAAUCUCACUAGUAAAGAUGAGAAAAUCUGUCGAAUGUUGAUAUAAAAUAGUGGUCCUGGAAAGUAUGAAUUGAAUAUAAUCCUUUUAGAGAAAUUUAAUUGAGAGAAGCUCUGUUAGAUUAUUUGGCUGCAUAAAACAAAUAAAUAUAGAGAAGAAGAUCUCAUAAAUCUAAGACAGUUCAUUUUAUGAAAGACGUAGCAGAGUAGGAGACACAAUAAGAGAUAGUCCCUCAAUAAGAAUCAUCAGCCUAACCAUUGGCAAGUGCUGCAGCUGUUAUGAUUGAAUAAUUAGUUGGAGUUUUACAUAAACAUAUUGAUAAACAUAGUUUACUUGUAUCAGAGGAUAAAGAAAAGUUGAUAUAACUGUGCAACUUAAUUUAAAAGCUCACAUCUGAGUAGGUUGAUUUAGAUGGAGUGAGUCCAUUUAGGGCCAGAUACUCAUCGGAAAAUAGUAAAUUAGCUGAAAUAAGUGAGAAGGAUUUAGAUUCUAGUGAUGAGGAUGUAUAUGAGAAAAUGGUAAAAGGAAUAGAUCAUAUCUAUAAAGAAUUGAAGAGUAUAUUUACAGGGAAUUUACAUACACAUUUACUACUUAUGUAGGAAGACAUUUCUUAUGAAAAUUUGUAUUAAGUCCUAAAAUUUUUACUUAAAACUCUUGUAGAUGCAGAUGAAUUCACUUUCUUUAUUCAUCGAGAUAAAGAAUGGGAAGUUUAUUCAUCUUCUAAUGAUUCCAUCAAAGAUGUAACACCUGAAGAAGCUUAGAGAGUAACAGAUGAAUUAGCUUAUAUUCGUCCAUUCUGUAUUCAUAGGAUAGAUCCUAAAUAAAGGUAAUAUCCUUAAAUUGAAGAAACUUGUAAAACCAAUACUUUUUCACAAACAUCUAUUGUGAAGUUCUAGUUGCAAUUAAAAAAUUAUGAAGUUUUAUUCUGUCUUCAUUGGACUGACAAAGACAAAAAGAAUAUUAAAAGAAAGUUUAUCAAGUAUAUUAUUCAAUCAAAAUUUUAAGUUAUGCCAAUAUGUAUGGAUUUAACAAAGAUGUGACUCAUUUGGCAUAAUUUUUGGUUGAGACCAUAAUUACAGCUAAAGUCUAAUUUUUUAAUCCUCUUAGAUUUUCUGAUUAGGUUUAAGAUAUAGGAAUUAGUUUCAUGCGUAUAUCCAGAUUUUUGUUGGUUGAAGGAAUUAAGAAAGUUCUCAGUAUAAAAUUUGAAGUAGAAAAGGAAUAAACUUUCUCUACAGAUGAGAAUAUCAAAAGGUAAAAGGAAUCAUAGUGUGUAAAAAUAGAACUUAAAGAUUAAAAUCCAGUCACUUUAAGAAUAAAAGAUAUGGAUUUAAAAAAUGAAUAGGAUCUUCACUUAUAUUCAGCUGUAUUUAUUAAAUAAAUAUUUAAUAGAUAAUUCAAAUACAAGAAAAAUAUGAUGGUUAUGUAAAAUUGUGUUAUGAGAAAUCAGCAUUUUAUAAAUAUUUUUUACGUACAACAGAUUCUUUAUUAUUUGAUUUUAAUAAAUAAGGAGAAUUGAUUUUUUUGAGUAGACCAAUCUCUAAAUCAUUAAAGUAUUAAAUUUUAUUUAAAAUAUAAUAGAGAAAGAUUUAAUAUAAACUUUGAUCCUAAAGCUAUUUUGUAUAAUAAGAUAUCUUAUUAAGACAUAUUUGCUUAGAAUAGUAUAAUAUCAAAUAUUGAAGUGAAUAUUUAAAACAUACAUGAAAAUAGAAGAAAUCAAUAUUUGAGUAAUUUGGAGAAUCCUUAAUUUGAAAUAUUCUUAAAGGUUGUUGACAAUGAUUUUAAAGGAUUUACUGUGAUUUUUCAUGAAAAUGAAGCUAGAAGAUUGAAAUAGUAUUUUAUGGCAUUAAAAAUUGAUAAUAUGACUAAUGAUGUAUAAAAAGAGGCUGAAGCUAAUAAAUCAUUAGAGGAAGAUAUUUAGAAAUAAAUAUUAAUUUAAUACAAUAAACAUUAAACAUUUAAAUUUUUAAAUUAAUUAGAUGAAACUUAAGAUGUAGCAAAUUCUAUGAUUGCAUUAUUUAUUCCAGAAAAUGAAUUAUAAUAGAUUAGACAUCGUAAAACAGAUGGUAGAAGUCCAGAAUAAUAAAGUAAAGAUUUGUAGAAUGAUUAAUGGGUUGCACCUCCAUAAAAGAAAAAGAAAAUAGGAUCUAGUGUUUACAUAAAGUAUUAAUAAUAAUUGGAAACAGUGGAUGCUAAUUUAUUUAAAGUGAAUGAUAGUGAUUCUUAAUUGGAUUUAUUUGAAUUUAAUAUCUUAGUUUUAGAUUCAUCAUAAGAGAAACAUAGAUUAGUUUAUAGUAUAUUAGAAAGGAAUGGUUUCAUAUCUUAAUAUAAGUUAAAUAAACAAUGUUUAGCUUAAUUCUUGAGUGUUUUGUAAAAGAAAUAUAAUAAAAGAAAUAAUUCAUUUCAUAAUUAUGAUCAUGGUAUUGCUGUUAUGUAAAGUGCUCAUUAUAUGUUAUAAUGUGGAAAAGCAAAAUAAUAAAUUGAUGAUUUUAGAAGGAUGUCAACUAUUAUAUCAGGUUUAUGUCAUGAUGUAUCACAUACUGGUAGAACAAAUAUUUUUAUGAUCAAUAGUCGUUCUAAAUUAGCUACUCGUUAUCAUGAUUCUAGUGUAAUUUUAUAAUUUUAUUAUAUAAGCCUUUAGAAUAACAUCAUGCUGCAACAACUAUAUUUAUGUUAAAGGAUCCUUCACUUAAUUUUUUAAAUUCCUUAUCAAAAGAAUAAAGUUAAUAAUUCAGAAGAAUUCUUAUAGAUAACAUUCUAUAUACUGAUAUUAAAGUGCACUUUACAUUAUUGAAAGAUUUUGAAAGUAGAAUCAAGGAUGAAGUAACAAAACCAUUUGGUACUGGAGAUGAUGAUUUAAAAUUAUUAACAGGAAUGAUAAUUCAUACAGCAGAUUUUAAUGGAGGAGCUAAAGUAUUUGAGAUUUCUAGAAUUUGGUCAGAAAGAGUUAAUAAAGAAUUUAGUGCAUAAUAUGAUGAAGAGGGUAGAUUAGGAAUUCCAUAAACACCAUUUUUGAAAGAUCUUGAUAAAUUACAUAUUAUGGCUAAAUCUGAAAUGGGAUUUUUUAAAGUGAUUGUUAGACCUUUAUGGUUCACAUUGAAUACCUUUUUUGUAUUUAAUUAUUACAAUAUUUUAGGAUGGAUAUCUUUAAUAAAGCAUAACUAAUCUUGAUAAUACAAUAAUAAGUUGGGAAAAAAUAUAUCAUGCAAAUCUUCCUAAAGAAGAAAAACAAUAAUAAUAAUUAUGA